GGGUGGAAAGGCUCCUGUUUGAGGCCUGAGGGCCUGUGCUUUUAAUGAGGUUUUGUUUUCGUGUCAGGAGCAACCUGAGUCUCUUCUGGAGUGAGAGAAUUGGCCGUCUGUAAGGAUGUUGCCCAGGGGACGCCCGGAUGUUUUUGAUGUUUUUACCAUCCUUGUGGGAGGCUUCUCUCAGGUCCCCGCAUGGAGCUAGAGCUGAUAGAGGGAUUCUCCCCGGGUGGGAUUCGAACCUGGCAGCCUUCAGGUCAGCAACCCAACCUUCAAGUCUCAAGGCUUUUAUCCCCUAGGCCACUGGAGGUUCCUGCUUUUAAUGGUGGGGCGGAAGAAGGGAUUUUACUUUACCUUGACAAACAACGCAAAAGGAAUCUGCCAGCCCCACCUCCUCCAAGACGAACUACCUAAACUGAUGACGCCAGUCUCUCGCCAAAAAGUUCUUGGCCUUUACCGUAAGAUAUUCCGCAUCGCCAAAAAAUGGCAGUCGGCAUCUGGGCAGAUGGAAGAGACCAUGAAAGAAAAACAGUAUAUUAUAAAUGAAGCCAAAACAUUAUUCCAAAAGAAUAAAAAUCUAACAGAUCCUGAAUUGAUCAAACAAUGUAUAGAAGAGUGUCAAGCAAGAGUAGAGAUUGGGCUACACUACCGCAUCCCAUAUCCAAGGCCUAUUCACCUGCCUCCCAUGGGCCUUGCUCAGCAACAAGGCCGAGCCUUUCGACACCAAGAGAAGCUGAGGAAACUCUCCAAACCGGUCUAUUUGAAAUCCCAUGAUGAAGUCUCAUAACCCAAGGGCAGACUUUUGCCCCCGUCAUCCUGGACUGCUUAGCAGAUGCAUUUCACUUCUAAACAGAACUGGGCAGUUAACUCUUCAUGACACAUUUCUCCAAGCCCUAAUUGGCAGUAAGUAACAACAUUAUGAAACUGUCUUGGAUUUGGUAAGAACCAACCACUGACUCAUCAAUAAAAGUUAAAAAAAGUUCCAUUAUCAAGCACAAA